AUGGCCGACGAAUCUGUCACCCGCGAUGACUCUGUGGCUGUGACUGCCUCUGAAACUGUUGAAGAUAACUCGGAAGAGGCUAUCACUACUAAAGAGGAAAAACCUCAAGAAGAGCCUGGUUUUAAAGUUUUUGUUGGAAAUUUGGCUUUCCAAACCAGUGAACAACAGUUAGCCGACUUUUUUAAUAAGACCGGUAAAGAGGACGCGAAUAAAGUCGUUGAAGAACUUAAUAAAAAAGAAUUGGAUGGCCGUCAAAUCAAUGUAGAAGUUGCCAAACCUAAGGAAAAUACCACUGCUCCUACUUCUAAUCCUGGUCAUUCCUACCAUGGUCCUGGUUCGCGUCGUGGACGUGGAAGAUUUCGUGGUAGGGGUAGAGGACGUGGUAGGGGUCGUGGACGGGGCAGAGGUCGCGGUCGUCGUCGAUUCAACCGUAGUGGUGAUGACGGCAAUAUGGACAAUGAUUCUACUGCCGUUGUCCCCUCUGAUGCCCCAACUGCAAAUGCUGGCGCUGCUAAAACUGGUGAACCAUCUAAAACGAUUGUAUUCGUUGCCAAUCUACCAUUCUCCAUUAAUGAUGAUGGCCUGAAAGAAAUUUUUAAAGAUUAUAACGUUGCUAGUGCACACGUUGUUCGUCGUCGUGGUGGGCGUUCAAAGGGGUUUGGUUUCGUCACUUUUGUUGACGAAGAAGAACAAAAGAAAGCCUUAGAAGGGUUAAAAACCGCCACGUCUGAAGGUAGAGAGUUGGUUAUUAAAGUUGCGUUAAGUGACCAACAUAUUCAACCUGGUGAUGAUGUUGAAAAGACGGAAGCGCCUGCUGCUUCCUCUGAUGAGAAGAAAGAAACUGCCGCUUAA